GGUAACAAUGAAGAAAUCGAGUACAGUUAAUAAGAAAAAUAAUGCAGAUAAUAUGGAAUAUUAAAAAUAAAAAACUGGGCCAAAAUAUAAAGUUACGAUUUCUCACACAAUCUAAAGCUCCAUUGAACGAAUCACUUAUGUGUACCCGGGAUUAGGUUAUCGACCAUGACUAUGCCGCUAUAUUUACAACUCUACCCGCUGCCCAGAAACUUAUAUGGCUAUGUCGGCUGCUUCAGUCCUAAUAAGGACAAUGAGUCGAAUGGAUAAUUCAUCGAAGUAUUGUGCUCGGGUACUGGUGCUAACAAGAUAUAAAGGCUGUGACAAGAAGGUGAAACUUUCAGAGUAACAGAGAAAGAGAAUUCACUUUCCACUAGUACAGACAUUAAUUGUUCGAAUAGACUCACACAUUCUUUGAAGAGAAAAAAAAAUAUGUACGACGAGGAGGUUGCUGCUUUAGUUGUAGACAAUGGGUCAGGAAUGUGCAAGGCCGGCUUUGCUGGGGACGAUGCCCCAAGAUCAGUUUUUCCUUCUAUUGUUGGGAGACCAAGACAUCAGAUUUUGAUGGCUGGUAUGGGUCCAAAGGACAGUUACAUCGGGGACGAGGCGCAGUCUAAAAGGGGAAUUCUAACCCUCAAGUACCCCAUCGAGCACGGCGUAGUGACCAACUGGGAUGACAUGGAGAAGAUCUGGCACCACACUUUUUACAACGAGCUGAGAGUGGCGCCUGAGGAGCACCCUGUGCUACUGACCGAGGCGCCGUUAAACCCCAAAGCAAACAGAGAAAAAAUGACACAAAUUAUGUUUGAAACAUUCAACACACCAGCAAUGUAUGUCUCCAUUCAGGCCGUGUUGUCACUCUAUUCCUCUGGAAGAACCACAGGUAUCGUCCUUGAUUCUGGAGAUGGUGUGUCCCACACAGUACCUAUAUAUGAAGGCUAUGCUCUGCCCCAUGCAAUAGCCAGAUUGGAUCUCGCAGGACGAGAUCUCACCGAAUACAUGAUGAAGAUUCUGACAGAAAGAGGCUACUCCUUCACUACCACCGCUGAGCGAGAGAUCGUGCGUGACCUCAAAGAGAAACUCUCGUAUGUUGCCCUGGACUUUGAAAUGGAGAUGAAUACGGCAUCUACUUCAUCGUCUUUGGAAAAGAGCUAUGAGCUUCCAGAUGGACAGAUCAUCACCAUUGGAAACGAGAGGUUCCGGUGUCCAGAAGCACUCUAUCAGCCCAGCUUCCUUGGCAUGGAGACUCCGGGCAUUCACGAAGUGACCUACAAUUCCAUUAUGAAAUGUGAUGUGGACACAGCUCUGUAUGUAGCCAAUCAGGCCGUGUUGUCACUCUUCUCUUCGGGGACAUACACUGGUACUGUCCUUGAUUCUGGAGAUGGUGUCACCCAUACAGUACCUAUAUAUGAAGGCUAUGCUCUGCCCCAUGCAAUCUCCAGACUGGAUCUCGCGGGACGAGAUCUCACCGAAUACAUGAUGAGAAUUCUCACACAAAGAGGCUACUCCUUCACUACCACCGCUGCGAGAAAGAUCGUACGUGACCUCAAAGAGAAACUCUCGUAUGUUGCCCUGGACUUUGAAAUGGAGAUGAAUACGGCAUCUACUUCAUCGUCUUUGGAAAAGAGCUAUGAGCUUCCAGAUGGACAGACAAUCUCUAUCACUAUUGGAAAUGAGAGGUUCUGGUGUCCAGAAGCACUCUAUCAGCCCAGCUUCCUUGGUAUGGAGACUCCUGGCAUUCACGAAAUGACCUACAAUUCCAUCAACAAAUGUGAUAAAGACAUCCGAAAGGAUCUCUAUGCAAACAUAGUUAUGUCAGGGGGAAGCACCAUGUUCCCUGGAAUAGCCGACAGAAUGCAGAAAGAGCUAACAAGCUUAGCGCCAAGUUCAAUGAAAAUCAAAGUGAUUGCUCCCCCUGAGAGGAAGUACUCUGUCUGGAUUGGUGGAUCCAUCUUAGCCUCACUUUCAACUUUCCAGCAGAUGUGGAUUUCAAAACAAGAGUAUGACGAGUCAGUAUUCGAUGUCUGGCAUGGGUCAGAAGGAAUGUUACAUUGGAGACGAGGCUCAGGCUAAAAGAGGAAUUUUAAACUUUAACUGUCCCAUCGAGCGCGGCGUAGUGACCAACUGGGAAGAAAUGGAGAAGAUCUGGCACCACACUUUUUACAACGAGCUGAGAGUGGCGCCCGAGGA